GUUGAAGUGAUUGCCAUUGAAUUGGCAUUUGUUUUGUGUUUUGUUUUGCAAUCAAAACAUAAGACAACUGUUUGUGUGUAAAGUGUGUCACAAAUGACGCAAAAGAGAGACAAUCAUUGGUUUGCGUAUUAAGAGACCAUUGAAGACAUCGUUUGAUACAUCCAUCGGAUGGACUAACAGUGCGUCCAUUGAGUCCUUUGAAUGACCAGUUGAUCGUCACCAGUGAUUGUCCACUCAUUGGUCAUAAUGUUGUCAAUACGCAAGUGGUUUGUGUCGCGAAUGCUGUCGCAGUCAUCGGGAGUGUCGCGGAUGUGUUUGGCCAACAAUACUCUCCUCGACUUCUUGUAUGCGGACGAAGAGCUCAACGCAAUCGCCACCCAAUUGGACAGCUUUGACGGUCGCAAAGACCCCAUCCGUUGCACUCAUCUCGUCAACCAAUUGAGGUCAGCUCAAGAUAAGGUCAUCACUUAUAUCUUCAAACUCAUGGAUGAAUGGCAUUGCGUUCGCACCUCAAGAGACUAUCGGAUCAAAUUCCCAGAUGACUUACUGACGGGCGAAGGGGCGGAAUCACUGAACGGACAGAUAUGGUUUGGUGCUGAAUGUCUGGCCGCCGGUUCCAACAUAAUGAACCACGAGAGCGAAUCAGCUCUAUUGAGACCAAUGGCUAAGUCACUGACCACUACUUUGGAUCAGUUAAGACUCGAUUUAAGGAACUGUUGUAAUGACUUAGACGAGAGAGGGAACUUAUCAUUUGAAAUGGUGGUCAAACUCGAGCACUUCGACCAAUUGUUCUCAUCGUUUGAAUACGAAUACGUGAAGUCAAUGCUUCCCAUUAAGAGUGCCGAAGAGAUCGAAAAACAACAGGAAGUGAUUGUUCUGUUCAGUGAAACACUUCGAGAAGCACUCAAAAGGGGUCUCAUUUCUCAAGACGACAUCGAUGACUGUCAGCCAAAGGCUAUGAUAACAAUACCCAGACUGGCGAUUAUCACCGGACUCUUAAUGGGAAAUGGAUCCGCUAUUUGUAAGAAGUCAAGGGAUCAACUCUCAAACCUCUUUAAACCAUUUCACAAUUUACUUCUGAAAAUACGCGAUCUUUUGCUCGUUUUGCGGCGAAUAGAAGUGGAAGUCUUAGAGAAACUGUUGACCAAUGAGGAGAGUAUAGCAUCCAAUUCCUACGAUAGGGUUUCGCUGCAAAACGUAUCGACUCAUAGGAAAAGAAGUAAUUCUGUUCCCGAAAACAGAAUCCAACAAAUGUCUGCAAAUUCUGAGAGUAAAGCCAAAUCAGUGUCUACUCUGUCACUGACUGCUUCGGCAAACACUCCUCCCGGCAAUCAAUCCAAUAAUUUUGAGGACAAUCUUAGUGUCACUUCAGUUGAAUCGACAACAACUACAACAGCUUCUGUUGACUCGUUUGAGAUCGCAUUAGCAAUCGACGCUAAGAAUUCCCAAUAUAUUCCAUCGCAAACCAGAUUAUUAUUACACAAACUAUUUGUCACAAUCGCUGGAAUUGCGGAUCAGUUGCAGUCGAACUAUGCGAGCGAUUUAAGGAAUAUAUUACGGAAUGUGUUUGAGUUGAACCGCUCUCCAGACGAGGAUGACAUCAGUGUCGAGGAAGCGGUCGAAGCGAAGGAGUACUUAGAAUUGGCUGACAUUAAUGCUAUCGAUUCCGGCGCUCAUAUAAUGAACACAAACGAAGACUUAAGUGACGACUUGAAUGGACUCAUCUCCAGAUCAACUACUUUUACAAAUGAGAACUCAUUGAUAAGUCAAUUAAGUGAUGACUAUUCACCACAAACAGAGAGUAUAGGUUCCGAGGAUUUGACACAAAACACGACAUAUUUGCGAGAAGAGUCACAACCAGUGCUUUUGCCUCCCAUUUGGGUUCCGGACGAACUCGUGUCCGUUUGCACCCAAUGUUGCUCUCAGUUCACAAUCAUUAGGAGACGACAUCACUGCAGGAAUUGCGGACAAAUCUAUUGCAACAACUGUUCCAACAAUUUCAUGCCAUUAGUCCGUUACGGUUACAUCAAACCGGUUCGUGUCUGCAAUCGGUGUCAUCAACAGUUAGAACACGUGUCGCCACAAACACAAACAUAAUCUUUAUUAUCAAUUAGUGUUUAUUAAUGAGAUUUCAAACAAUUUAUAUUCAAUUAAAUAAACUACAA